CUGAGGAGCAGAAGGGAGGAUGAGAAAGAAAACGAGGAGAGCGGGGAGGCAGGCGUUUGCCUUUUCUGGUAGUUAAAAGUCACCGAAAGAGCAAACAGGAAUCCUCAGAGCUGCAGAACGGCUGAGAUACAAACCAGAUUGCGAAGGCUGAUUCAUGACGAGGGAAGAGUCGCUGUUGCUUAUGGACUGAACUUCAUAGUCGCUAAGUGAGUAAGAGAGGAGAAUCCUUGGGGCGACAUGGAUGAUGACUUUGACCGCCGCAUGGAGCUGAGGAGGCAGAGGAGAGAGCAGAUGCGUCAGGAUGCAGAGAGGGGCGUUUUCACAAACGAUGACGAUGAGGAGGAGUCUCGAGAACGAAGGCGACGUGCCAGGGAAGAAAGGAAGAAAACGAGAGACUCGGACGAGUCUGGAACGACGGACACGGCCGACACUAACAGCGUGACGGAGACCGAAUCGCCUACGACUGUUCCUGAAGGAGCGGAGGAUGACCAGGCUCUGCUGGAGCGCCUGGCCAAGAGGGAGGAGCGCAGGCAGAAGAGGAUGAAGGAGGCGAUGGAGAGGCAGAAGGAGCUCGACCCCACCAUCAUCUCCACCAACGGCACGGACGGCGGCCUGCAGGAGCAGCCCCCCGUUAGCAACAGCAGCAAACACACAGAGGAGGACGAGGAGAAGACAGAGGAGAGGUCUGGUCAGGAGGAAAUCACAAAUACUGAAACCAAUUCAUGGGCAAAGGAGGAGGGAGAAGAAAAGAAAGAAGAACAGGAGACUGAGGAGAAAAUGGCAACGACCGAAGUUGAGCAAGAAGAACCCAAUUCAACUACGAACAACACCAAAGAGGAAGCUGUUCCAGACCAAAACAAGGAGGAGGAAGAGAGGAAGAUGAGAGAAGAGGAAGAAAAACAGCACAAAGAAGAAGAAGAAAAGCUGAGGAAAAAGAAAGAGGAGGACGAGAAGCGGAAAAAGGAGGCAGAAGAGAAGAAGAAAAAAGAGGAGGAGGAUAAACGUAAAAAGAGGGAGGCUGAAGAGAAGAAGAAAAAGGAGGAGGAGGAGAAACCUAAGAAACUUGGCUUUAAGGAGAAGAAUGAACCUGCCAAGCAGAACGGAGCCAUCUUUGAGAAUAAACUGAAGAAAACAGAAAAAACAACAAGGGACGGCGUUCCUUCCAGCAAGGCAGAGGAUGCCGAGCGACGGGAGGCCGAGCGCAAGCUGCUGGAGCUGAAACAGCGGCGGAACGACGCCGAGAGCGAGGAGAUCGAGAAGAUGAAGCAGAAGCAGCAGGAUGCGGAGGCCGAGCUGGAGGAGCUCAAGAGGAAGAGGGAGGAGAGGAGGAAAAUCCUCGAGGAGGAGGAGAAGCAGAGGAAGAAGGAGCAGGAGGAAAAGAAAGCCAAAGAGCAGGAGGAGAGGAAGAGGAUGAAAGAGGAGAUAGAGAAGAGAAGAGCAGAGGCUGCAGAGAAGAAGAAACAAAUGGGGGAGGAAGCAGCAAAACCUGAUUUCACAAUCAGUCCAAAAGGCUCAUCUAAGAUUGGGGAAAAGGCAGAGUUUCUGACCAAGUUUGCUCAGAAAAGCCCAGCGAGGUUGUCACAUACUCCGCUUGUGCCUAAGAUUGGGAACAGAUUAGAACAGUUUACCUCCGCUAUGCAGGGAAACAAAGAGGUAAAAUCCCCCAAGUCUCCUCUGGCCGACAUCCCUACGGGAGGCACGCGCAACAUCAAGAGCAUGUGGGAGAAAGGCGCCGUGAGCAGCCCCCCCGAAAGCCCGGCUCCUGCCAACAAGGAUGCGGCUGGUAUCAAAGGAAGCGUGGCGGGACGCGGCAACAGCUGGAAGGGGAAGCCUGGAGAAGCAGAGAAGACCCCAGUUCCUCCAGCAGCAGCACCAUCACCACCAGCAGCUGCAAAGCCACCAGAGGCCAAACCGGGUGAAGUUGGUAAACGCGGCAUGUGGGAAGCCAAGAGAGGCUCUGCACCAGCCAAGGUAUCAGACGCAGACUCACCUCACCAGCCGUCUUUAAGGACAAUCCACCA